GGGUAUGGAUCAUAGUGGAGCAAUGACGAAAUCUGUUGUCAUAAAAUUUAUUACAGCAUACGCUUUCGCAAUGGCACGCUAAAUAAGUUAAACUAAGCACGUAUUAUUUACUUACAAAGAAUAUCAAGUAUUGAAAAACUUUUACGGUUGCUUAUUCUUUGCUUAUUCAGUAAUUGGUUGGAUUACAUACUAGCGGUUGGCGGCUCGCAAUCGUUUCAUCUAUCUAUUUUGCCCAUCUGCUUUAAUUGAGCAGUACGUAUUCAAUGAUCAUCUUUUGUUUGUUUUUUUAUUCGGUGCUCAUCUUAAUUAAGACAGGAUAUGGAUAUGAAACCGUGUGCUACAUCUGCGAUACUAGAGAAGAGCUUAUAUCUGGCACGGCUGCCAAAGGCUGCGACGAUGACCUUUUCGGCUCUCUUACUUCGCGAACACAACGCUGCAGCGGUGUUUGCGGCAUCGAGGUUUCUCACGAUGGCACCUUUCGCCGCGCCUGCCACAAAUCAGAAGAGCCCCAUGUGGCAUUCAUGGCUCCGUACCGCUGCAAGCGACUUUCUGAAGGCGGUUCCCGCUGUUACUGCUCUAAGUCUUAUUGCAACUACAGUGCGCAAAGGGCAUUUGUUCAAGAAAACACUCUCUCCAACAGCUAUGUGGAUUUUUGGCCCAGUGACCAUGCUAAAACGCCUUUGGCGGCCCGGCAGACAGUGCCCACGCAGUGCUACAAGUGUCACACGCGCUACCAUGAUUCCAUGUGCGACGCUAGCCUAGAUCCGACAUCGGGACGUCUACCACCUCGAGUAAACUUUACGUCUAACUGCCUGCAAGGUUGCAGCGUGACGCGCUACUUCGUUACCAAUCUCGGAACGGAAGGCCAUUUGCGCUCAUGUGCCGGUGAUACGACAAGUCCCAUAGUGAUCCCGGAUUCCAUCCCUGAGACGUUCAAUUAUCAUUCAUGGUAUCUUUGCAAGAAAUGGACUGCAGCAAAUGUCCGAUACAUCACCUGCCAUUGUGUGAUUAAUGGCUGCAAUAAGGACAGCGCAACAACAAUCAAGUAUCUCAAUUUUACAGCUCAUCCGGACAAUGUUUGGUUUGCCUAUAAUCCUCGCAACAUGCCGUUUCCAUUACAAGCGACCACCUCGAUCUUUAACGGCUUUGAGGAAGCAGUUAUUGAUCCAACCACCCCAGCCAACUCUUAUUCCCGAAAUCCUCCAGAUUUUCUCCCACCUCUACAGGCCGACUUUUGCUACGAAUGUUUGAAUCGAUCGGUCUGCAACGAUUUGUUGCAUGCAAGCCAUGUGAUACAAAAGCCGAUCGAAUGCGUGAUCAAAAGCUGCCGUGUUGAAUAUUGGGCUGUUGACGGACAAACCGUUCGUGGGUGCUCGACUGACCCAUCGCGUACGACCACAAAUAUCGCUCCUUACGGGAACAUCAGCACACCCCAUGAUUAUCUCUGUAUCAAGCGACAGCGUUACGAUCCCCUCAGACAAUCCAUGGCUACAAUUUUCGAAUGUCAUUGCUCCGAUCGGUGGUUUUGUAAUUCACAACCUGCAGCAGCAUUUGAUUAUUUGUGGCAAAAUCCAGCAGUACAAUCAGUCGAAUGGAACGAGUGGUUUGGCUUCACACCACGAUCAUGGUUGCCGACACAGUCGCCUCCUUUCACACAAGGAAGUUCAACCACGACAGCGAAUACACCCGAUUCAAAAUCGCCAGUCACAACCGCUAUCACUGAGAUACCGGUCAUCGGUACCACCAAGGUGCUGGAUUAUGCUACGUCGAUUGCUCCUGGAGGCUUUAAGCGCGAAGCAGAUCAAUGUUAUCGAUGCACCAACUCUAUCGAUGCGACUGACCCCUUUUGCGAUAAUCUGCUGACCUUGGGAUCGGCGCUUCCGGUAACUGCUGCUUGCGUCGCAAAGAGCUGUUCCGUAACCUGGAUCGUCGGUGUCGGUCUGACUCGGGACUGUUCAUACAUUGUUCCUGGGAUGGAAGGCACCCCGUUUGGAGAUGUAACCACUUCUUCUGCAUACCUCUGCAGACGUCUGAAAGAUCUCGUGAUUUCCGGUAAUCAAGCAUCGGCGUUUGAGUGCCACUGUUUCAAUCACACGUAUUGCAAUGCGCAUCCGGAAAGCGCCUUCCUGGAUUUAAGCAAAGAACGCUUAGGCUACACGAAUUUCCUUUCCGAUCAGUGGUUUGGGUUUGAGCCGCACCGGGAAGUAACACGUUCUCCACCGCCUACGACGAGGGGUAGGACAAGGAGCACCAAAGUGCGACUAAACUAUGCCACACUGCUUCCGUCGGUUCCGUACGUUGGUAGCGCUGAUACAUGUUACCGGUGCCAGAGUAUUCCUACGUGCAGCGAUCUUCUGCACUCCGGUAAUGCAAGCAGUACUGUGCGUUGUGCUGCUAGGAGCUGCUCGGUUACGUAUUUCCCAGGUGUUGGGUUGACGCGAGACUGCUCAUAUAUCCAUCCUGGUAUGGAAGAUGUGCCUUUUGGUGAUAUUACAACCGGACUCACUUACAUGUGCAAGCGUCUAAAAGAGAUAGUGGUCACAGGGAACGCCCAAGUUGCCUUUGAGUGCCAUUGCUCUAAUCAGGCUUACUGUAACGUCCAUCCCGAGACAUCGUUCUUGGAUCUAGUCAAUGCACCUAUGUAUCAAGGCUUUCCUGUGGAUGAAUGGUUCGGGUACGAUCCUCUGGGUCCUUUUAUUACGCCAUCACCGGCAAAUGCCACACAUUCCACCGAUGUUGAAGGAAACUCUGUCGGUUCAACCACCGAUUUGCCGUCGCUUUCCUCUUCGACUAACGCAGCUGCACCGUCCAGCAGUGUCACCGCAAGUGCUGCAUUAUUUCAAGGAAACGCAGCCGAAUGCCACCGCUGUGUUACUGUCCCUGCGUGCAAUGAUCUUCAGGAUCCGGCUGCAGCUGCCGCGGAGCGCAGCCAUUGUGCCGCCAAAAGCUGCUCGGUGACGUAUAUUGCAGAUUUUGGACUCACCCGAGAAUGUUCAUUCCUCACCUACGGUGUAGAAGGUGUACCAUUCGGCAACGUUACCACACGUCUACCAUACAUAUGUAAACGUUUCCAGAGCAUCCUUGUGCUCAGUGGCAACACUUACACAGCGUUUGAAUGUCACUGCUUCGAUCAUCCAUACUGCAACGGCCACCCAGAAUCAUCGUUCGUUGCACUGACCCGCGAUCCAACUUACAUCGCGAUGCCAGACAAUCAGUGGUUUGGCUACGAUCCGUCAUUCGACAGCUCGUCUAACUCAUCUGCAAUGUCACUCGAAACACUUGCCGCACCGGUGUCCUCACCUGCCGGUAGCGAAGUAUAUCCUGGCGCUCCGGGUCAUACACCACCUGAUUCUCUUUUGAAAUGGCCUGACCUGAUUUUGCGCCCCACAAGCUCAUCACCAACAGAUAAACGUCCAUCAGCAUCAUCUGCCUCUGAGAAGCCGCAAAAUUUAGAAGCCAAUGCUUCAUCCUGUUAUCAAUGCUUAGAAAUUCCAACAUGCAAUGAUCUUUCCUUGGCCGACGACGUGGCUGAGAAUGUCCAGUGCCCAGCAAAGACUUGUUCGGUGACAUAUGUUGCAGGCGUGGGACUAACUAGGGGGUGCUCCGAUUACGCACCCGAGUUCCAAGGCGCAGUAUAUAAUAACGUUACUGCGGAUCAAACGUACUUGUGCAGACGACUGAAUGCUGUAAUGGUGGGUGCGGAAGCAUAUCCCGCUUUUGAAUGCUGGUGCUGGAGGCAGGCCUCUUGUAAUGAAGACUUAAGCGACGCCUUUACGCCCUUAAAAGAUAAUGCAUCAUACCUCAGUCUGACUACAGGACAAUGGUUUGCGUUUACUCCAGUCGAUCCGCUAAACUCCUACAUGGAGCUGUCAAUUUCGCUUCCCAUUACACCACACCCCAACGUAAAUGACAGCAAGUUGUCCACGCAAAGAACGACAAAACGGAAAAAGACCACAUCGCGAUCACCAAGCAGUGUGGUCGAAGACAGUCGAUGGCCUAAUACUGUCAUAUUAGUUGAUUCAAAGCCGGACGUUCCGAUGUAUUUACCUUACGGAUAUUUUAAAUACCCAUUCCAGGCAGCCCCAGCGGCGAAUCCGCAACCAGCACCGCUUCCGUCGCCAACCGGACCAUUCUCUGCUGCUAGCGAUUGGUGCUUCUCAAUUGGAAGCUUGAUGAGUUUAUGCUGGAAUGAAAACUUUCCAUAUUUUUCUUACCAGCGAGCUGGCCCGGAUAUGUCAACAGAAGCGUGAAGUCAUCUUUGUAUUUUGGUUUUAACUACAGUUUUACUCAAGGGUUUUUCACUGAAUCGAAAUACUGUACUCGUACUUUUGAAUACAGUAAUUAGUGCUGCUUCAUGAUAUUUAGAAUUUCAGUUAACAUAUGUACAUCUACAAAUGAAACUUCACAUUUAUUAGGUAUUGCAGAAGUCAUAUCUGAGAGUUUCCACCUUAUAAACAAUACUCGAGUAAUAUCAACUGGGCCAUUAUUAUUAAGGCAAAAGAGUCGCUACAACUUUACUGA